AUGCAAACUUCAAAUGUGCCCCUCUCUCUUCCUCCUGCAGACUCUAAAGCCAUCGUGGAUGGGAACCUGAAGCUGAUCCUGGGUCUGAUCUGGACCCUGAUCUUGCACUACUCCAUCUCCAUGCCCAUGUGGGAUGAGGAAGAGGAGGGAGAUGCCAAGCAGAAGACGCCCAAGCAGAGGUUGCUGGGAUGGAUCCAGAACAAACUGCCAGAGCUUCCUAUCACCAACUUCCACAGGGACUGGCAGACCGGCCGGGCUCUGGGAGCCCUGGUCGACAGCUGUGCUCCAGGUCUGUGUCCUGACUGGGAUCAGUGGGAUCAGACUAAACCAGUGGACAACGCUCGAGAGGCCAUGCAGCAGGCUGACGACUGGCUGGGCAUCCCUCAGGUGAUCACCCCUGAAGAGAUUGUUGACCCCAAUGUGGACGAACACUCCGUCAUGACCUACCUGUCCCAGUUCCCCAAGGCUAAACUGAAGCCUGGCGCUCCUCUGCGGCCCAAACUCAACCCCAAGAAGGCCCGUGCCUAUGGGCCAGGCGUGGAGCCCGUUGGUAACGUUGUGAUGAAGAAGGCUCUGUUUACCGUGGAGACCAUCAGUGCGGGGAUGGGGGAGGUGCUGGUGUACAUGGAGGACCCUGCAGGACACAGAGAGGAGGCUAAGGUGACAGGAAACAAUGAUAAGAACCGCACCUACUCUGUCGUCUACAUCCCUAAAGUCACAGGCAUGCACAAGGUGACGGUGCUGUUUGCAGGGCAGCACAUCUCUAAGAGCCCCUUCGAGGUGGAGAUCGGCAUGGCUCAGGGAGACUCCAGCAAGGCCACAGCCCAGGGGGCAGGCAUCGAGCCAUUAGGAAACAUUGCCAACAAGAGCACUUACUUUGAUGUCUACACUGCAGGCGCUGGUGUUGGCGAGGUGGAGGUGAUGAUCAUUGACCCUGCCGGCAAGAAGAGCAUCGUGCCCUGCACCAUCGAGGACAAGGGCAACAGUAGCUACCGCUGCACCUACAAGCCCAUCCAGGAGGGGCAGCACACCCUCUACGUCACCUUCGCUGGGGGCCAGAUCAGCAAGAGCCCCUUCAUGGUCACCGUGGGCGAGGCUUGCAACCCCAGCCUCUGCAAAGCCAAGGGUCGGGGUCUGCAGCCCAAAGGCCUGAGGGUGAAGGAGACCGCAGACUUCCAGGUGUUCACCAAGGGGGCCGGCACCGGAGAGCUCAAAGUCUCCAUCAAGGGGCCCAAGGGUCUUGAGGAGCCGUGCAAAAGAAAAGAUCUUGGAGACGGUGUGUAUGGUUUUGACUAUUACCCCACCACCCCGGGGACAUACUCCAUCACCAUCACCUGGGGAGGGCAGCACAUCCCCCGCAGUCCCAUCGAGGUGAAGAGGGUGAGGGCCUGGGGCGGGCUGGAGCACGGUAUAGUCGGCAAAUCAGCUGACUUUGUGGUGGAGGCUGUUGGAGACAAUGUUGGCACACUGGGUUUCUCUGUGGAAGGCCCCUCUCAGGCCAAGAUAGAAUGUGACGAUAAGGGCGAUGGGUCAUGUGACGUGCGCUACUGGCCCACAGAGUCUGGAGAGUACGCCGUGCACGUGCUCUGCAACAACGAAGACAUCCAGCACUCUCCCUUCAUGGCCGAGAUCGUCAACGCACCAAACAAAGACUUCUACCCCGACAAGGUCAAGGCUCAGGGUCCAGGUCUCCAGAGCAGUGGUCUGGCUGUUGGGAAGCCCACUGAGUUCACAGUGGACGCUAAGCAGGGAGGAAAAGCUCCUCUGAAGAUUGUGGCUCAGGAUGUUGAGGGAACUCCUGUGGAUGUACAGGUUAAGGAUAAUGCCAACGGCACAUAUGCCUGUAGUUACACACCACGUAAACCCGUCAAACACACUGCAAUGAUCUCCUGGGGAGGGGUCAACAUCCCAGAGAGUCCCUUCAGGAUGAAUAUUGGAGCAGGAUGUCACCCUAACAAGGUGAAGGUGUCGGGCCCGGGGGUGGCCAAGACCGGCCUGAAGGCCUUCGAGCCGACGUACUUCACUGUGGACUGUGCAGAGGCCGGACAAGGGGAUAUCAGCAUAGGCAUCAAGUGUGCCCCUGGAGUGGUGGGGCCAGCAGAGGCCGACAUCGACUUUGACAUCAUCAGGAACGACAACGACACGUUCACUGUGAAGUACACCCCCCCUGGUGCGGGCAGCUACACGAUCAUGGUGCUGUUCGCAGACCAGGCUAUCCCCAUGACGCCCAUCAGGAUCAAAGUGGACCCUUCUCAUGAUGCCAGCAAAGUGAAGGCAGAGGGCCCCGGACUCAGCCGCAGCGGUGUGGAGCUGAACAAGCCCACCCACUUCACUGUGAGCACCAAAGCAGCGGGGAAGGCUAACCUGGACUGCAGCUUCAGCGGGCCGACCAAAGGAGAGGCUGUGAAGGACUUUGAGAUCAUCAACAACCACGACAACACACACACCGUCAAAUACACACCUGUGCAGCAGGGUCCUCUGGGAGUCGCCGUGACCUAUGGCGGAGAUAACAUUCCCAAGAGCCCCUUCAACGUGGCUGUGGCCCCCACACUGGACCUCAGCAAGAUCAACGUCACCGGCCUGGGGGACAAGAUGACUGUCGGCAAAGACCAGGAAGUGACGGUGAAAUCGAAGGGGGCCGGGGGUCAGGGGAAGGUCGCCGCCAAGGUCACCUCACCUUUAGGGAAGCCAGUGACCAGCAAGGCAGCCCUCCAGGUGGAGCUGACCUACGACGGAGUCCCCAUCCCCGGAUCUCCCUUCAACCCCACAGCUUACCCCGUCUCAGACCCCUCCAAGGUGCGCUGCUCUGGUCCAGGCCUGGAGCGCGCCAAGGUGGGGGAGAAGGGGGAGUUCGUGGUGGACUGUACCAACGCGGGGCCGGCCGAGCUGACCAUCGAGAUCAUCUCUGACAGCGGCACCGAGGCGGAGGUCCACAUCCAGGACAACGGAGACGGGACCUACACCAUCACCUACAUCCCCCUGUACCCCGGCUCCUACACCCUCACCAUCCGCUACGGAGGCCAGGACGUGCCAAACUUCCCCGCCCGGCUCCCGGGCCCGCCGUGGACGCCAGUGGAGUCCGUGUCUCGGCCGGGAGGCAAAGGAGUUUUCCGGGAGGCGACCACAGACUUCACUGUGGAUGCUCGAGCUCUCACACAGACCGGAGGCAAUCACAUCAAGACCCUGAUCAGCAACCCGUCGGGCAGCCGCACAGACGCCCUGAUCGCUGACCGCGGGGAUGGAACCUACAACGUUGAGUACACUCCCUACGAGGAGGGCCCACACAGUGUGGAGGUGUGCUACGAUGGCUCUCCGGUGCCUAAGAGUCCGUUCCGUGUUGCUGUCACUGAAGGCUGUGAUCCAGCCCGUGUGCGUGUGCACGGUCCAGGCCUGAAGGGCGGCAUCACCAACAAGGCUAACAAGUUCACCGUGGAAACCCGAGGAGCAGGCACUGGGGGUCUGGGUCUGGCCGUGGAGGGUCCUUCAGAGGCCAAAAUGUCCUGCACUGAUAACAAGGAUGGCAGCUGCAGUGUGGAGUACAUCCCAUACGAGACCGGCACAUACAACCUCAACAUCACAUAUGGGGGACAGCCCAUCAAAGGUAGUCCCUUCUCUGUGCCGGUCAGUGACACUGUGGACAGCACCAAGGUGAAGUGCCAGGGUCCAGGCCUGGGCAACAAUGUCAGAGCCAGCAUCCCUCAGGCAUUCACAGUGGAUGCCUCCAAAGCUGGAGUGGCCCCCCUGCAGGUCCGCGUGCAAGGACCCAAAGGAGUGGUGGAGCCUGUGGAGGUGGUGGAUAAUGGUGAUCAGACUCACACAGUCAACUAUGUUCCCACCAGAGAGGGACCCUACUCCAUUAAUGUGUUAUACGCUGAUGAGGAGAUCCCACGCAGCCCCUACAAGGUGAAGGUGCUCCCCACCCAUGAUGCCAGUAAGGUGCGAGCCAGCGGCCCCGGCCUCAACACCACCGGGGUGCCCGCCUCUCUGCCCGUCGAGUUCACCAUUGAUGCCAAAGAUGCCGGCGAGGGAUUGCUGGCGGUGCAGAUCACUGAUCCAGAGGGGAAGCCUAAGAAGGCUAAUAUCCGUGACAACCAUGACGGGACCUACCUGGUGUCCUAUGUACCGGACAUGACCGGCAGAUAUACCAUUCUCAUUAAGUACGGAGGGGAUGAGAUCCCAUACUCCCCCUACCGCAUCAGGGCGCUGCCCACCGGAGACGCCAGCAAGUGCACAGUCACAGUCUCAAUCGGCGGUCACGGUUUAGGCGCUGGUGUUGGCCCAACCAUCCAGAUUGGCGAACAGACAGUCAUCACAGUGGACGCCAAGGCUGCUGGGAAAGGGAAGGUGACAUGUAGCGUGUGCACGCCCGAGGGGGCGGAGCUCGACGUGGACGUUGUUGAAAACGAGGACGGCACAUUCGACAUCUUCUACACGGCACCGCAGCCUGGCGAGUAUGUCAUCUGCGUUCGCUUCGGAGGGGAGCACAUCCCUAACAGUCCCUUCCAAGUCACGGCGCUGGAAGGAGCUCCAUCAGACCAGCUCAUGCAACAGAGCCAAAUCCCCCAGUACUACGCUCAACAGCCCUGGGCAACAGACAGACCAAUGGGAAUGAACGGUCUGGAUGUGGCGGGGCUGAGACCAUUCGACCUGGUCAUCCCAUUCACCAUCCAGAAGGGAGAGAUCACAGGCGAGGUCCGGAUGCCAUCAGGUAAGGUGGCCAAGCCUGACAUCACAGACAACAAGGAUGGCACUGUGACCGUCAAAUAUGCUCCCACUGAGGCCGGGCUGCACGAGAUGGACAUCAAAUACGACGGCAUCCACAUCCCCGGAAGUCCCUUACAGUUCUAUGUGGACUAUAUGAACAGUGGCAAUGUCAGUGCCUACGGCCCGGGCCUCAUCCACGGGACCGUCAACAAGCUUGCCGUCUUCACUGUGAACACCAAAGACGCAGGAGAGGGCGGUCUGUCUCUGGCCAUUGAGGGUCCAUCCAAGGCAGACAUCAGUUGUCUUGACAACCAGGACGGGACCUGCACCGUGUCCUACCUGCCCGUCCUGCCUGGAGACUACAGCAUCCUCGUCAAAUACAACGACAAGCACAUCCCCGGCAGCCCCUUCUCUGCCAGGAUUACUGGCGAUGACUCCAUGAGGAUGUCCCAUCUGAAGGUGGGCUCCGCCGCAGACAUCCCUCUGGACAUCGGAGAGUUCGACCUGAGCCAGCUGACCGCCUCCCUGACCACGCCUUAUGGCCGCGAGGAGCCCUGCCUGCUGAAGAUGCUGCGAAACGGACAUGUUGGCAUCUCAUUUGUUCCCAAGGAGAUCGGAGAGCACUUUGUGAACAUCAAGAAGAACGGUCGUCAUAUUCCCAGCAGCCCCAUUGCUGUCAUGAUCAACCAAUCAGAGAUCGGCGACGCCAGCCGUGUGCGUGUGAGUGGUCCGGGCCUCAGCGAGGCCAGGACCUUCGAGCCCGCCGAGUUCAUCAUCGACACCCGGGACGCAGGCUAUGGCGGCUUGAGCCUGUCCAUCGAGGGGCCCAGUAAAGUUGACAUCAACACAGAGGACCAGGAGGACGGCACCUGUAAGAUCACCUACUGCCCCACGGAGCCAGGAAACUACAUCAUCAACAUCAAGUUCGCUGACCAACAUGUGCCAGGGAGUGCCUUCACUGUGAAGGUGACAGGGGAGGGCAGGAUGAAGGAGAGCAUCACCAGGAAGAGGAGAGCGGCUUCAGUGGCCAACGUGGGCAGCCAGUGUGACCUCAGCCUCAAGAUCCCAGGUGUGAACCAUAAUCUCUGCGGUCAUGUCAACUGAAUCUUACUUUACAGU